AUGAGGCUGAAGAAGGGGAUGCGGAGGAGCAGUGGCGCUGCUGUGGGGUCCAUGAAAGCGAAUGAGAAGCAAGGAGCGAACGGUGAGGAAAUCCGACGAUUGCAGGUACUUGGACAGAGGUAUGAUCCGGCAGCCUCCUGUUCUUCUUUCCCUGGUCCGUUUGCUAUAUACCACUACAAUCACAACCGGGAAGAGGGCCAAUUCCACCGUCGGUAUCUAUAUUCGCCGCCACGAAACGCCGUUUCCUCGCCGGAAACCGGCCGCAUAAAUUGGGUGAAUUAUCAAUCAAUCGAUCUGUUCGAGAUGGGCGACUCUACUGCCAGGGAUGGCGGUGAUAAUAGCUUGUCGGAUAGAAACGUCGCUGAAGAAGUUUCUAGGCUUGUGGAACAAAGUAAAGAGUUGCAGGAAUCAGCGUCGACCUUAAUUUCUAGAAAUUCACAGGAGGAAUCAUCGCUACGCCAACGAGCCCUAGCUCUCGAUUCAAAUAUCAAAAUGUUAAGAACGUUCAUUGGUUCCUCCGUCAAGAAAGGCAAUUUAGAUUCCAAACAUGCAGAAAAAUUAGCUGAAGAGCUGAGUAGAGCAAGUUUUACAUUGGGUGAAGGAGACGCAGCUACAUUUCUUCCCUGCAAAUCACAUGGAAGAUUUUUGAGGAUGCUUCUUGGUCCAAUAAAUGUUCGUGCUAACAGACAAGAUGUUCAAUUGAAAGUGAAAGAAGAAUACUAUAGUUUCAGAGAUAGAACUGCAUAUCUGUUUCUCUUUUUCCCUUCAUUGCUACUGGUGUUAAGGUCAUGUCUUUGGGAUGGAUGUUUCCCUGCUUUACCUGUCCAGAUUUACCAGGCAUGGUUGCUGUUUCUAUACACAGGAUUAGCUUUAAGAGAAAAUAUUUUGAGAGUUAAUGGAAGCGAUAUACGUCCAUGGUGGAUAUAUCAUCACUAUUUUGCUAUGGCCAUGGCACUCAUCAGCCUCACAUGGGAGAUAGAAAGGCAACCUGAUUGUGCCCAAAAGCAGAAGGGUAUACAAUUGUUUCUGAGAUGGGCAAUCAUGCAAGGAGUAGCAAUGCUUCUACAAAACAGAUACCAAAGACAAAGACUCUAUACACGCAUUGCACUUGGGAAGGCUAGAAGAAUGGAUGUUGUGUGGGGGGAAACUGCUGGAGUAAAAGGUCAAUUAUGGAUAUUAUUGCCCAUACUCUUUGUCUUGCAGGCUUUUGAAGCAUAUGUAGGUGUGCUAUUGCUAAAAACAGCAGUCGUAGGUGUCAUUUCUGAAUGGCAGGUUGUUACGUGUGGGAUUCUGCUGAUAAUUAUGGCUAUUGGGAAUUUUGCAAAUACAGUUCAGACUCUUGUACUGAAAUCUCGGUUUAAAGCAAAAAUGAAGAAAGGUAAAAGUAGGAGUGACUUAACAACAUCCACAUCCAAGGAUGAAUGAAUGAAUGAUGGUAUCAAUAAACAGAAUGAGGAUUCUUUAACAAGUUCCUAAACUAUCUGAUACUCGGUUUUAUUUGGAAAUGUGGACUCUUUGGAUUUCAUAAAUGAUUAGGUUAGAGCCGGUUUGUUAUAGUUAGUACCCAAAUUAAUAAAAACAUCUGGUUUGUUUGCACUUCGUAUCUCAUGUUGCAUGCUUUGGGUUGGGGAAUGUACUUUCUUCUUUUUGUUUAUCAUAUUUAUUUUUUCU